CGAGGCGGUGCGGCUGGGGCGCGCCGGCCGCCAUGGACCGGAGGAAGAAGCCGCUGGACGUGGCCGCCUCCUCGUUAGUAGACCUCAAAGCAGAACUCUUCCGAAAGCAAGAAGAAUUCAAGAAAGAAAAGUUAUUGAAGGAUGCUGGCAUCUCUGCAAAGCCUAAAUCCUCUAAUAAGAAACCAAGCAUCUGGAACAAACAAAAUGCAGGAGUUGCAAAUCGAUCUGAGAAAGAUGUUGAGCAGAAGACGGAAGAGGACCAAACAUUAGAUAAAUCAAGGAAGAAACUGGAAGAGAAAGCAAAGCUAUAUGAGAAAAUGACAAAAGGCGAUUUUCCAGAUGAAGAAACUGAGGAUUUGUACCUUGUGGAUUUCACUCAGAAGAUCAUAGACAGACAGCGAGAAGUACAAGAACUGUAUCAGAGUGACGCUGCUAGAAAGGCUUUAGAAAAAGAGACAGAUGAUGAAGAAACUCAACCUGAAAUGGAAAUACCACCACCUGAGGAUCCGGAUGAAGAAUGGGUUGACUACGUGGAUUCGUUAGGCCGAUCUAGACGUUGUAUGAAGAAGGACUUGCCAAGCCUACUCAAAAUGGAUCAGGAACUUCAAGGGAAAAUACAACUUCCUGAUGGAAAGACUCUGUUAUCUGAAGAUAUGAGAAGAGAACUUCAGAGGCAGCAGUGGGAAAAAGAGGAGGAAGAAGCCCUCAGGAAACCUGUGGGACCCAUACAUUACGAAGACAUUAGAGACAAUGAGGCCAGACAGCUUGGUGUUGGUUACUUUGCCUUUUCUCGUGACAAAGAACUUAGGCAUAAACAAAGAGUAACACUGGAUAUGCUAAGAGAGCAGACGCUUGAUCAGAGAACUAAACGUGAACAGUUAAAAGAAAAAAGGAAGGCAGCUCUAGAAGCUAGACUGUCUAAACUUCGAGCACGGAAGGCUAAGAAGUUGAGGGAAGAUGGAUUAGACGAAGAGGCAGACCAGCUGGAGAGCAGAGCAGGGGUUAAAGAUGUUACUGGUCCAGCAGAAACCAAACCAGAAGCUCCGAGAGUUACUGCUGCAAGUAGGAAGGUAGAGGUCAUCAUCCAGGAGAGAAGAGACACAAAGCCUGGUGUGCCUUAUGUUCGAGAGUGGGAUAAAGGCAAAGAACUGAUUUUUGGACAAUGGUCAAAGAAACAAGCAGAACUCAGAGAUGAGCGAGAUCCAGAAUUUGCACCACCUUCUGAUUACUUCAUGGGACAAAAGAAAGCUGAUAAUUACAGCCAGAAUUCGAACAGUCCGGAAGGCUCCCCUGAAAAACUGGAACAAGAGACAGCACAAAACCAACAGCUGCCAUCACAGCAGGCCAAUGAGAGCAGCACUGAAGACGUGCCACCAUCAACCCAGGCUUACAGCAAUGACACUCAAGACGUGUCUGCAUCAGUAGAGGCCUGCGGCAGUGACACUCAAGAUGCGUCACCAUCGGAGGAGGCUGAUAGCUGUGACACUGAAGACGAGCUGCUGUCAGCGCAGGCUUACAUCUGCGAUGCUCAAGACAUGCCGCCCUCAAUGCAGGCUUACGGCUAUGGAGCUCAAGAUGUGCUGCCGUCAAUGCAGGCUUAUGGCUACGGAGCUCACGCGGUGCCAAUGCAGGCUUACGGCUACGGCGCUCAGGGCAUGCUGCCACCAAUGCAAGCCUACUGCUAUGGCGCUCAGGGCAUGCUGCCCUCAAUGCAGGCUUAUGGCUACGGUUACGGUGCUCAAGAUGUGCUGCCACCAAUGCAGGCAUACAGCUGCAACACUCAAGACGUACCACCUUCAGCACAGACCUGCAGCAGCAGCACUGAAAAUCAAGAACCACUUUACCAAAGUUUAGAUGAUAUGCUGUCAUAUUACAGACAAGUGACUUGAACUGAGCAAAAGUACAAGCAAGAAUCAUAAUUUAAAGGACUGAAGUAGAAUUAUGUUCUAAGCACGGCUAAUAUUUUCCCACAUCUGGGAUAGAUAAGUUUCUGUAAGGAGAUCUGAAAUAAAUCUUCUGCAGACCUA